AUGCGCUUCACACUUGCUUUUGUUGCUGCCCUCGUUGGGCUUGCUGCUGCGAGUCCUUUGGAGGCUCGCGGAGGAGCUCCCCAAGCUUGUGGAAAUUGCAGGAAUGUCGUUCCCCUGCUUAGGGCAUACAGUGCAGGUGGUACUGACCACUUCUACACCACCAACGCUGCAGAGAUGCGAAAUGCGGUCACCAAUCUCGGGUAUACCGACGAAGGAACAACCGGCUACAUCUUCCCCACUCAGGAGCUCCACACUGUCCCCUUGUACAGGCUGUACAACGGCGCGAUCAGAGACCACUUCUAUACCACCAACGCGGCAGAGCGUGACAACGCUGCGCAGAGACUUGGGUAUACCAACGAGGGGAUCACCGGAUAUGUCUAUCCCGACACUGCCUGUGGAGGCCUUCCUCUCUAUCGUCUCUACAGCGGUGGUGCCACGGACCACUUCUAUACCAUGUCCGCCGCUGAGCGGGAUAAUGCGAGCAAUAAUUUGGGAUAUACGCAGGAGGGUAUCGCAGGCUACAUCUUCCCUUACUAG